AUGGAGUUUGGAAUCACGCCGUUGCAACGCGUUGGUAUGGAAAAUCCUGCGGACGUCCUGUCUCGUGGUGCCACUCCUGAAGAACUACUAAAUCAUGAGCUUUGGUGGCGAGGUCCAGAUUGGUUGAAACUCUCACAUGACGCAUGGCCGAAAACUGGAGGUACCGAUGAAACGGAGUUUGAGCACACACUUCUCGAAGAGGCUGCAGUUGCUGGACCCGCUCAAGUGGAUUCACCGAAUGAGAUAUUUUUAUUGAAGAGUUCGUUCACCACACUGGUUGAUAUAGUCGCAUUCUGCCGAAGAUUUUCUUUCAACUGUAAGAAUAGAAACAGCCAUCGCGUAGGAUGUUUAACAGUCACCGAAAGAGAGGAAGCUUUACAAGUACUCGUUAAACUAGCUCAGAAAGAAUGUUUUCCUCAAGAUAUAUCCGCUGUCGAUUACACGGGUGAAGUUAAAAACACUUCAAAGCUGAAAUCGCUUCGCCCACAACUGGUUAACGGAAUUCUGGUCGUCGGAGGUCGUUCAGAGAACGCACCGAUUGCUGUUGGAAGGAAGCAUCCUAUAAUUCUUGAUAAUCAUCACCCGUUUACGCUGCUGAUCGUCAACCACUACCACCUCGUCAUGUUGCAUGCUGGACCCCAACUACUCACCGCUUGUGUUCGAGAAAAAUUCUGGCCCCUAUGUUUGAGAAACUUAGCCAGGAAGGUUGUUCACAGUUGUGUACGUUGUUUCAAAAUCAAGCCACGAGUUAUGGAACAAGUUAUGGCAGAUCUUCCAACAGAACGCGUAUCGCCUGCACCUCCUUUCGCUCGAGUCGGCGUGGAUUAUUGUGGACCAUUCAAGUAUCGGUUUCCUAUCCGCAACUCUGCGCCGCGCAUCUGCUACGUUGUGAUCUUUGUUUGUUUGGUUACGAAGGCUUGCCACAUCGAUAUGGUUCAGGAUCUUACAACCGACGGGUUCAUCGCCGCUCUACACAGAAUGAUUGGACGUCGAGGACAACCAGAGCUAAUUCUCUGCGACAAUGCUACCAACUUUGUUGGUGCUAAACGAGAACUCGAUGAUCUAAGGAAGAUGUUCAACUCCCAACGAGCUGCUCUUUCCGAAGCCGCCGCCAAAAAUUGCAUAGAGAUGAAGUUUAUUCCACCACGAGCUCCUAAUUUCGGCGGUCUUUGGGAAGCCGCUGUAAAAUCUAUGAAGUACCACUUGAAGCGUGUUGUUGGCUCUGAAAUAACACCUACGACGAAUUCUACACCCUACUGA